AUGUCUAACGAAGUUCGUCGAGCCGAAAAGCACAAAGCUAAUGGAAAUACCUAUUUCAGCAGGAAAGAUUAUGACAAUGCCGCCAGGGAGUACUCUGCUGCCAUCAACAUAAACCCUCGAAAUUCUGUUUACUACACGAACCGCGCAUUGUGUUAUUUGAAAUUGAAGAAAUACGAUAACGUUGUGUCAGAUUGCGAGACAGCCAUAAGACUGGAAGAUAUCUCGGUGAAGGGGCAUUACAUGUUAGGUCAGGCUUUGACCGAGAAAGGCGAAUUUGAGUCUGCAAUAAUUAACCUAAAGAAAGCAUAUGACCUUGAUGUCAAAGACAAGUUCUCCUUCUCCAAGGAAAUCAUCCAGGCCCUGCUUAGCGCUCGGAAAAAGAAAUGGGAACAGGAUGAGCGAAAUCGUGCUCAAUGGGAUUCGGAAUUUCUGAAGUAUAUCAAGGGAUUAAUUAACGCAGAGCGUGACAGACAACUUCAAAAAGUUUCCCUAAGUCCAAAGGGUACUGUGGCCGCCACACUCUCAAAAUUCGUCAAUUCGCAUCCGCCUGAUGUUCAAGAGAGAGUUGAUUAUAUUAACAGGAUACACAACGAAAGGCUCUCUCAGGCCGAACAAAUUUUUGCACAGUCAGACGAAAAUCUGAAGUCACGCGUUGUGCCGGAUUAUUUUCUGGACAAGAUAUCUUUCAAUAUCAUGCACGAUCCCGUCAUCACUCCAUCGGGGAUCACGUACGAGCGUGCAUAUUUGAAAGAACAUUUCAAAAAAAUCGGACAAUUCGACCCUCUAUCUAGGUGUCAAGUCAAAGAAAAUGAAUUGUACCCAAAUUUGGCAUUAAAGGAGGCGACUGAAGAAUUCCUAAGUAAAAACGGGUGGGCAGCGGACUAUUAA